AUGAGAGCUACCUCGGAAAUUCAUCUCUUUCUUUGUUCCCAUUUGUCUUUUUCAGUGGUAAACGCCGACAAUGGUGACCUCCUGUCUUCAGUCGAAAAAACUCUAAAGUCGGAAAAUAAGGGCAACGAAACCCCGAAGGUAACAGCUAUCACGAAAGUUGACAUUCCCUCAGAACACAUCCAUGACGUUUUCACUGGUGAUGACGACAAUAGCGAGGAGGAAGUGGAAGAAGGACCCGAGGGUGAAGCCACGGCUGAAAAAAAGAAUAUGCCGUCUAUUGUUUCCAGUGAGGAAUCUGACGAGUCCAGCUUUGAUGAAGACCUCAAAGAUCUUCAGAAAUCUUCCAAAGUCAUGGCAAAUUACCUUCUUGAGACUGGCAAUUUCGAAAGAUUUGAGGAUGCUCUACGCGACAUCGUCAAAGUUGGAUUGAUGACUGUCAGCGAGGCUAAUGAAUAUGAGAAGAUUGUUUUAGAGGAAUACGAAAGACUAUUGGCCCUUGAGAAAGCCGAGGAAUUUCAGGCAAAAGAAUAUGCUGAACGCGAGUAUGACAUUCCUUACCAAGUGAGUAACGAUAUGUCCUCCGAUGAGCAAGCCGACGAAUCUAUGAAUGUCAAGCGGUACAUUGCUAGACACCGAGACAUGCUGUCUCCACCCACUCGCUCUUACUCAGGCCCAGAAUAUGCUGAUUACACCGAACCCCUCCAGGCUUACAACGGAUACGACCCCAAUCAAAUGGAGUCAUCUGAAGCUCAGGAUAGCAACGAAUGGUUGAACAGACUUCUGGAACAGGCCAAAGCCGCAGAAUAUCCAGAAGAAAGAGAAUCUUAUAUUGGACAUUCCAGAGAAAACUCGCCAGCUGAGCAAGCGAGAAUCCGAAGAAUAGUUCAUAACAUGUUUGAUUCGGAAUCGCUGUCCAAAAGUUACGCGCCCCGCGUUUCGUCUGAAGAAGACGAAAACGAGGAAGAGGACGAAAUGAUGGAGCCAAUCCCCGAAGAGGUUAACCAGUACGAGUCUGAAGAACCAGUGUCGGCCCUGAAGUCGUUGGCAAAGAUGCAUAGGCCGGAAGCCAAGAGGGCAAUGGCAAAAUCUGAAACAAAACACCAGGCGAAGAAACAAGACGGGUCUGCCACAGAGAGAAAGAAGAAGAAGAAGACGAGGAAGGUGAAAUAA